AUGGCGGAAGAAAAAAGUAAUAAUAAUAGUAUCAAACAUGAAGUUGAGAAAGAGUUAAAUAAGAAAUCUACCGUUGAGCUGUUUAAAAAGAUCAAGUCACAAAAGAUUCCAUUGUUUUUGCCAUUUCAUUCAUUACCAUCCAAAUAUAAGAAAUUAUUAGUUGUAUCUUUUAUAUGUGCAACUAUAUCAGGAGCUUCGUUGCCUAUUUUUAUUUCGGUGUUUGGUGUUACCAUGGCAAAUCUUAAUAUUGGAGAAAGUGUGAAUGAUACUGUUUUAAAAUUAAUAAUAGUUGGUAUAUGUCAAUUUAUAUUAUCAUCGAUUUCAAGUUUAUGCAUGGAUGUUGUUACUACAAAAAUUUUAAGAACAUUAAAAUUAAAAUAUUUAAAAAGUGUUUUUCAUCAAGAUGGAGAAUUUCAUGAUAAUAAUCCAGGUUCUAAAUUAACAUCUGAUUUAGAUUUUUAUUUAGAACAAGUAAAUGCAGGAAUAGGAACAAAAUUUAUUACAAUAUUUACAUAUAGUAGUUCAUUUUUAGGUUUAUAUUUCUGGUCAUUAUAUAAAAAUGUAAGAUUAACAUUAUGUAUUACAUGCGUUUUCCCAGUAAUAUAUAUAUGCAGCUCUAUAUGUAAUAAAAGGGUCCGAUUAAAUAAAAAAACAUCACUAUUAUAUAAUAACAAUACAAUGUCGAUAAUUGAAGAAGCAAUAGUUGGUAUUAAAACUGUAGCAAGUUAUUGUGGAGAAAGUGUAAUAUUAAAAAAAUUUAAAUUAUCAGAACAAUUUUACAGUAAAUACAUGUUAAAGGCAAAUUUUAUGGAAUCACUACAUAUUGGUUUAAUUAAUGGAUUUAUAUUAGCUUCUUAUGCUUUGGGAUUUUGGUAUGGUACUAGAAUUAUAAUACAUGAUAUUAAAACUUUGAAUUACGGUAGUGGCUUCAAUGGAAGCGCAGUUAUAUCAAUAUUAUUAGGAGUUCUUAUAAGUAUGUUUAUGCUUACUAUUAUAUUACCAAAUGUUGCUGAAUAUAUGAAAUCGUUAGAGGCAACUAACAAUAUAUAUGAAGUUAUUAACAGAAAACCAGCUGUCGACAGAAAUCAAAAUAAAGGUAAAAAAUUAGAUGAUAUUAAAAAAAUUGAAUUUAAAAAUGUAAAGUUUCAUUAUGGUACUAGAAAAGAUGUCGAAAUUUAUAAGGAUUUGAAUUUUACUUUAAAAGAAGGAAAUACUUAUGCAUUUGUUGGAGAAUCUGGAUGUGGUAAAUCAACAAUUUUAAAAUUACUUGAACGAUUUUAUGACCCAACAGACGGAGAUAUUGUUAUUAAUGAUUCACACAGUUUGAAAGACGUUGAUCUAAAAUGGUGGAGAUCUAAAAUUGGAGUAGUUAGUCAAGAUCCUUUAUUAUUUAGCAAUUCUAUUAAAAAUAAUAUUAAAUAUAGUUUAAUAAGUCCAAAUAGUUUAGAAGCAGUAGAAAAUGGGUUCGAUUUUCGCGGAAAUAGUGAUUCUUCAUUAAAUAGAGAUAAUAGUAAAAAUGGAAAGUGCACUAGUAUUUUGGAUGAAAUAUCUAAGAGGAAUACAACUAGCGAUUUAUUAGAAGUAAUAUCGUCUAUUAAUUCAGUUGAAGAUUCAAAAGUUGUAGAUGUAUCUAAGAAAGUCUUAAUCCACGAUUUUGUAGCAUCCUUACCAGAUAAAUAUGACACUUUAGUAGGUUCUAGCUCAUCUAAGUUGUCAGGUGGACAAAAACAACGAAUAUCUAUAGGUAGAGCUGUUAUUAGAAAUCCUAAAAUUUUAAUUCUUGAUGAAGCUACAUCAUAUCUUGAUAAUAAAUCAGAAUAUUUAGUUCAGAAAACAAUUAACAAUUUAAAAGGAAAUGAAAAUAGAAUUACUAUUAUUAUUGCUCAUAGAUUAAGUACUAUUCGAUAUGCUAAUCAAAUUUUUGUCUUAUCAAAUAGAGAUCAAGAAUCAACAGGAAAUGAUGAAAACAAACAAGGUGCUAUAAAUAGUAAUAACGGAAGUGUAAUAGUUGAACAAGGCACUCAUGAUAGUUUGAUGAAAAAUAAAAAUGGUAUUUACUAUUCUAUGAUUCAAAACCAGAAAGUAUCGUCAAGUGGAAAUGGUGAAAAUGACUGUGAUAAUAAUAGUAGUGUAUAUAAAGAUUCUGAUACAGGUGCUGCUAAAUCUGCUACUGAUACAAAUAUGGAUAUUAACAUAGAUAAAGAUUUCAAUAUUCGAAAAGAAAAAGAGAUUGCAGAUACUGAUAAGCCAAGUAAACCAUCAUUCUUCAAAAGAAUGUUUGGAAAGAAAGAGAAGAAACCUCCUAGCAAUUUGAGUAUGGUAUAUAAAGAAAUGUUUUCUCACAAAAAAGAGGUUUUUAUUAUACUUUUAAGUACUAUAGUGGCAGGUGGUUUAUAUCCAUUGUUUGCCAUAUUAUAUGCAAAAUAUGUUGGAACAUUAUUUGAUAUCACAAACAUGGAACAUAAUUCAAAUAAAUAUUCUCUCUAUAUAUUACUUAUUGCUUUAUCUAUGUUUAUUUCUGAAACGUUAAAAAAUUAUUAUAAUAAUUUAAUUGGAGAAAAGGUUGAGAACAAAUUUAAAUAUUUAUUGUUUGAGAGUAUAAUACAUCAAGAAAUUGGUUUUUUUGAUAAAGAUGAACAUGCCCCUGGAUUUUUAUCGUCGCAUAUUAACAGAGAUAUACAUUUGUUAAAAACUGGUUUAGUAAAUAAUAUUGUAAUAUUUACGCAUUUUAUUAUUUUGUUUAUUAUUAGUACGAUUUUGUCAUUUUAUUUUUGCCCAAUAAUAGCAGGAGCUUUAACAUUAGCAUAUACCAUUACAACGCGAACAUUUGCUAUAAGAACACGAUUGCAAAAAUCUAAAGAAAUAGAGAGGAUUGGAAGUAAAAGAGAUGGACAGUUUUCAUAUACUAAUGAUGAAGAAAUAUUUAAAGACCCUAACUUUUUAAUUCAAGAAGCAUUUUAUAAUAUGCAAACAAUUGUUACAUAUGGAUUAGAAGAUUAUUUUUGUAAAUUAAUAGAAAAUGCAAUAGAUUAUGACAGUAAAGGGGAUAGAAGAAAAAUGAUAGUUAAUUCAUUAUUAUGGGGAUUUAGUCAAUGUACACAAUUAUUUAUUAAUGCAUUUGCUUAUUGGUUAGGUUCUAUUUUGAUAGAUCACCGUAUUAUAGAGGUUGAUAAUUUUAUGAAAUCUUUAUUUACAUUUAUAUUUACUGGUAGUUAUGGUGGUAAAUUAAUGUCCUUCAAAGGAGAUGCAGAUAAAGCUAAAAUAACAUUUGAGAAAUAUUAUCCUAUAAUGGUUAGAAAAUCAAAUAUAGAUGUAAGAGAUGAAAGUGGUAUAAGAAUAAAUGAUCCAAAUAAAAUAGACGGAAAAAUAGAAGUGAAGGAUGUUAAUUUUAGAUAUUUAUCUAGACCAAAUGUACCAAUAUAUAAAGAUUUAUCCUUUAGUUGUGAUAGCAAAAAAACAACAGCUAUAGUUGGAGAAACUGGAUGUGGUAAAUCCACGAUUAUGCAUUUAUUAAUGCGAUUCUACGAUUUGAAAGAUGACCACGUUUUAUUGGAUAAUCAACAUAUUGAAAAAGACAAUAAAGAUAAAUCAAAGGAUAUAGAAAUGCGUGAUGCAACAUCUAUGAAAAAUUUGAACGAAUUGGGUAAAAAAAACGCAAAUGAAGAAUUUACUGUUUACAAAAAUAGUGGCAAAAUUUUACUUGAUGGUAUAGAUAUUUGUGAUUAUAACUUAAAAGAUCUAAGAGGAUUAUUUGCAAUAGUUAACCAAGAACCAAUGUUGUUUAAUAUGUCUAUUUAUGAAAAUAUAAAAUUCGGUAAACAAGAUGCAACAUUAGAUGAUGUAAAAAGAGUAUGUAAAUUUGCUGCUAUUGACGAAUUUAUUGAAUCAUUACCAAAUAAAUAUGAUACUAACGUAGGACCUUAUGGUAAAAGUUUAUCAGGUGGUCAAAAACAACGAGUUGCUAUUGCUAGAGCCUUAUUAAGAGAACCUAAAAUAUUAUUGUUAGACGAAGCUACUUCAUCUCUUGAUUCACACUCAGAAAAAUUAAUCGAAAAAACUAUUGUUGAUAUUAAAGAUAAAGCUGACAAAACAAUCAUUACUAUUGCUCACAGAAUUGCAUCUAUUAAAAGAUCAAAUAAAAUUGUAGUUUUUAAUAACCCAGAUAAAAAUGGAUCUUUUGUUCAAGCCCAAAAAACACAUGACGAAUUGAUUCGUGAUAAAGAUAGUGUUUAUACGAAAUAUGUCAAAUUAACUAAAUAA